GCCACAGGAUGAGCUUGAGAUCAUCUUUGGGAGGGGGGAGCUUGGGACUUGAGAGGCUGGCUCUGUGCCUUGGUCGGUGCAGCCCAAGUUUACAGGGGGCAAGUUAAUCCACGUCUCACUGCCCGCUGCACAGCUUCCAGGGGGAUUUUGAAGAUCAUGAGCACGUGGAUGUGUCUAACUAAAUGGAACCUGGGGACAUGCUGGUCCUUUAGAGAGAACAUCUAAAUCGCUGGCUACUUCCUGGUUUAUCGCACAGCGCAGACAUCGAUUGCUUUUGUCCAGCCGACCCCUCCUCCUCGUUGGCCCCAUCAUGCUGUCUUUAUGUGCUUGACACCCUUUCCUAAAAUGCUCCUUCUGUUGAUCCUGACAGUCCUGCUUUUCCAAGAGGAUGUCCUUGGGAGUGCACCGUCCAGUGAGAGGAGAGUGGUGGCUCACAUGCCAGGUGACGUCAUUAUCGGAGCUCUGUUUUCUGUCCAUCACCAGCCCACAGUGGACAAAGUCCAUGAGCGGAAGUGUGGGGCCGUCCGUGAGCAGUAUGGCAUUCAGAGAGUGGAGGCCAUGCUGCACACCCUGGAAAGGAUCAACUCAGACCCCACUCUCUUGCCCAACAUUACACUGGGUUGCGAGAUCAGAGACUCCUGCUGGCAUUCGGCGGUGGCCCUAGAGCAGAGCAUUGAGUUCAUCAGGGACUCCCUAAUUUCUGCAGAAGAGGAAGAGGGCUUGGUGCGCUGUGUGGAUGGCACGGCUUCUUUCCGGUCUAAGAAGCCCAUCGUCGGGGUCAUUGGCCCUGGCUCCAGCUCGGUGGCCAUUCAGGUCCAGAACUUGCUCCAGCUUUUCAACAUACCUCAGAUUGCUUACUCAGCAACAAGCAUGGAUCUGAGCGACAAGACUCUGUUCAAGUACUUCAUGAGAGUGGUGCCUUCAGAUGCCCAGCAGGCACGGGCUAUGGUGGACAUAGUGAAGAGGUACAACUGGACAUAUGUGUCAGCGGUGCACACAGAAGGCAACUAUGGAGAAAGUGGCAUGGAGGCUUUCAAAGACAUGUCAGCCAAGGAAGGGAUCUGCAUCGCCCACUCUUACAAAAUCUACAGCAAUGCAGGGGAGCAGAGCUUCGACAAGCUGCUGAAGAAGCUCAGGAGCCACUUGCCCAAGGCCCGUGUAGUGGCCUGCUUCUGUGAAGGGAUGACUGUGAGAGGUCUGCUAAUGGCCAUGCGGCGCCUGGGCCUCGCUGGAGAAUUUCUGCUCCUGGGCAGUGAUGGCUGGGCUGACAGGUAUGACGUGACAGACGGGUAUCAGCGAGAAGCUGUGGGUGGAAUCACAAUCAAGCUCCAAUCACCCGAUGUCAAGUGGUUCGAUGAUUAUUAUCUGAAGCUCCGGCCAGAAACAAACCUCCGAAAUCCUUGGUUUCAAGAAUUUUGGCAGCAUCGUUUUCAGUGCCGGCUGGAAGGGUUUCCACAGGAGAACACCAAAUUCAACAAGACUUGCACCAGUUCUCUCACUCUGAGAACGCAUCAUGUUCAAGAUUCCAAAAUGGGAUUUGUGAUCAACGCAAUCUACUCUAUGGCCUACGGACUCCAUAACAUGCAGAUGUCCCUCUGCCCGGGCUACGCGGGCCUCUGCGAUGCAAUGAGACCAAUUGAUGGACGCAAACUUUUGGACUCCCUGAUGAAAACAAAUUUCACUGGUGUUUCUGGAGAUAUGAUCCUAUUUGAUGAGAAUGGAGACUCCCCAGGAAGGUAUGAAAUCAUGAAUUUCAAGGAAAUGGGAAAAGAUUAUUUUGAUUACAUCAACGUGGGGAGCUGGGACAAUGGGGAAUUAAAGAUGGAUGAUGAUGAGGUGUGGUCCAAGAAAAACAGCAUCAUCAGAUCUGUAUGCAGUGAGCCAUGUGAGAAAGGCCAGAUUAAGGUGAUCCGGAAGGGAGAAGUCAGCUGUUGCUGGACCUGUACGCCUUGUAAAGAGAAUGAAUAUGUCUUUGAUGAGUACACCUGCAAGGCUUGCCAGCUGGGGUCCUGGCCCACUGAUGACCUUACAGGUUGUGAUUUGAUCCCUGUACAAUAUCUUCGCUGGGGUGAUCCGGAGCCCAUUGCUGCCGUGGUGUUUGCCUGCCUGGGCCUGCUGGCUACCCUGUUCGUCACCGCCGUCUUCAUCAUUUACCGUGAUACACCAGUGGUCAAAUCGUCCAGCAGGGAACUCUGCUACAUCAUCCUGGCCGGCAUCUGCCUGGGUUACCUCUGUACCUUCUGCCUCAUUGCAAAGCCCAAGCAGAUUUAUUGCUAUCUUCAGAGAAUUGGCAUCGGUCUCUCCCCAGCCAUGAGCUACUCGGCCCUUGUAACCAAGACCAACCGGAUUGCGAGGAUCUUGGCUGGCAGCAAGAAGAAGAUCUGCACCAAAAAGCCCCGAUUCAUGAGUGCCUGUGCCCAACUCGUGAUUGCUUUCAUUCUCAUAUGCAUCCAGUUAGGCAUCAUCGUCGCCCUCUUUAUCAUGGAGCCCCCUGACAUAAUGCACGACUACCCAAGUAUCCGGGAAGUCUACCUGAUUUGUAACACCACCAACCUCGGAGUGGUCACGCCUCUUGGAUACAACGGAUUGUUGAUUUUAAGCUGCACCUUCUAUGCGUUCAAGACCAGAAACGUCCCAGCUAACUUCAACGAGGCCAAGUACAUCGCCUUCACUAUGUACACCACUUGCAUCAUCUGGCUGGCCUUUGUGCCAAUCUACUUUGGCAGCAACUACAAAAUCAUCACCAUGUGUUUUUCAGUCAGUCUAAGUGCCACAGUGGCUCUGGGCUGCAUGUUUGUGCCGAAGGUAUACAUCAUCCUGGCCAAACCGGAGAGGAACGUGCGCAGCGCCUUCACCACCUCGACCGUGGUGCGCAUGCACGUGGGGGAUGGCAAGUCCUCCUCGGCCGCCAGCCGGUCCAGCAGCCUUGUCAACCUCUGGAAGAGGAGAGGCUCCUCUGGGGAAACCCUAAGGUACAAAGACAGGAGACUGGCCCAGCACAAGUCGGAAAUAGAGUGUUUCACCCCGCCGUCCCCCUUCAGAGACUCGGUGGACUCGGGGAGUACCACCCCCAACUCGCCCGCCUCCGAGUCGGCCCUCUGUAUCCCAACCUCUCCCAAAUAUGACACCCUUAUCAUAAGAGAUUACACUCAGAGCUCCUCGUCCUUGUGAAUGACCUUGGAAACCACCAAGUGCAGUCAGUCUCAAGUGCAGAGAGCCGAGACCUCCGGUGUUCACAGAGACACAGUGACAGCCGCGCCACCCGGGUAGACCCGAGGCUGGUCCCUAAUGGAAACACGAGAUCCACAGUGCUAUUUCACCGACGAUAACAACUGCAAAUCUUUUGGCAGAUUUUCUUCUCGUGGCCUUAGAAAACAUGGGCUUAUACGAAACACUGCUUAUAUUUUUGAGGGCUGACAAGGAGUCUGUUAAAAUAGUCACAUAUCAAGCGCUUUGCUCUAGGCAAGCCGGGAGCGUGAGAACCGCACAGGGAGGGAGGAAAGCUUAGGUUAUGAGCAACUGUAAAAAAACAGGUUUGUUUACUUUAAUUCUUUGUCCAGAAGAUUCUUUGAUUCACUAAACAUGAAUGUACAUUUUCUAACAAACUCAAAAGGGACCAAGCGUCAACCUUCCUCCUUUGAUUUCUUUUCCCCUUUCCUUUAAAGACCAUGAAAAGUAGGCAUUGGGGCCCAGGGACGACUGCGGUGUUAGUUUCUGAGUGUGCUCUAACCAUGACACAAACCUGCACUGCUAUGGUCAGCCCGGCUUUUGCCAGAGACUUUCCUCUCUGAUUUGGUUGUGAAUUCCUCUUCCCAAAGCCUGCAUCCAGAAUUCCUCCUAGCUCCCUAGUUAUUUCAGGCUCACUUCCAUUGACCAAGGAAACCACAGGAAGCUUUCUUCACUAUUUCACCGUGUUGCCAAUCAAUACUGGAGUAGCAAAAAAACAAACAAACACAAAUUCCGGAGUACUGUUUUGUAAUUCCCUCACCGGAGUGUGAUGUGUAGCUGGAAAUUCUCUUUAUAAUAACAAUUCUUGAGCCACAGCCCAGCGAUCUCUCUUUAUGAUGGGUGGCUGCUCCUUACGAAUGCUGCCGUGUGUCGUGUUGCCAGCUGACGUGUUGAAACACGCGUUGGGCUUCGUCAGUCUUUUCUUUGGAGAACCUGAUGCACAAGGCGCUCCUCUGUGCGUUUUGAGUCCGACCACGGGCACGGAGCGCCUCAGACACGAUGACGCGGUCGGGAUCGGAGGGCCCGUUGUUUGAACACUUAAGGAGAUCUUCAAACACUGGAAAGUUUCAAUUGUAUCAGCCAACUUCGCAGAGAGUUAGCUUUGCCAGGGGGUCAGCGAUUUUUAACAUUUCUAGGCUGCUUAAAUUGGCAGCUAUGAACUAUGACAAACGGAGAUUUUUUUUCAAAGCAAUACAGAAUACUAAAACAGAGGAACCUUAAUGAAACAAACCACACAAUCUUUUGUAGCCAUUAGUAUAAUUUUGUGCACUUCACAUGUCACUUUUUAAAAUAUUGCAGAAAAGAGAUUUAAGAUUAUAAUAGAAACACGUGAUUCGAUAGGCUGGCAAAGAGAGACUUCAUAGCUCAAGACCUGAAACCACUGUCAUCUCUCUCUUCCUCCCAUUACAGCUAUCCUCAGGUGCCAAAUGUUUUUUUUUAAUAUAUAUAUAAAUAAGGAUAGUAAUAAAAAGGAGGAGGUGCCCUCAAAUCUAAAGUUGAGUUGACCCAGCCUUACACAAAGAUAGCCUUAUUAGAAAGAUUUGCUGUGAGGCAGAAGCAUAUUUAGGGUAGAAAGAAAAAAGAAGAAACAUCUUUAGCUCAGUUUCCUUAUUUUGGAGUAUAUAUUUCUCAUUUCACAUGGUGUUUUAGAAAACAAUAAUGGCAAAAUGGAAAUCUAUCCGUUGAUAUAAUUUAGUAAUCUCCACUUAUAAGAGUUAUAAUAAAUAUACUGCUUGCUGACUUUCUUGAUAUCUGUCCUUAAAUUUUAAGUCAGAUUUCCCAAUAUCAAGCACCAGAAGUAAAAUCUAGCUACGUUUCCUCCUUAUAUUGGAAGCAAAUGCCUGUAUCUGCUUGAGAAAUAAAGGAAAAUAUUUUGAAAUAUUACUAUUUCCAAAUCACCCUCAACCUGGUGGCAUUAGCUUGGCUAUUAUUACAUUGUCUUGAUUUCUUAGACAUUGAGACCUGUCUAAAUAUGCUCGUCUGUCUAAGUUUUAAAACUCAUUUCACAAAACCCUUAGGUUUGGUUGUACAAUGUAAUUCCCUCUGUUCAUCAGUAGAACUUUUUAAAACUUUAUCCAUGACUAAUUUUUUUCUAAUCUUUAGUAACAUAUUUCUUUUUAAAGUUCACCACUUGAUAAGGAAUUCAUUAGAAAUUUUAAUUUGAUGCAGAUAACUUGCCAUUUGAAAAUUCCAUAUGAACUCAUAAUAAAGCAACUGUAAAAAGAAAAAUAAUCCAUUAGACAAGAACAAGAUGUACUUUCUCUGUAUUUCACUAAGCUUUAAAGCUUCACUGAAUACAGUGUAUAUAUAGGACAUAAUCUUAUGAGUAAGAUAUUCUUGAAGUCUUUUGUUUUAGAAUGAUGCUAACUCUGUCUUUUUGCCAAUUCUAAUACCAGGUUCCAAGUAAUAAAUAUAAACUACAAAGAUAAUUGAAUAUCCAUUCUAGGGCUAGGAAAUGAAUUUCACAAACCAUUCGGUUACUUAUUCUUGUUGAAUUUCCUUGAGAGCAGUCUGCUCCCAGUGCCAAGUGAAAGCCCAGCCAGGAAGAGCUGACUGCAGGAAGAGGGAGUUGCAGCGUGUUGCUAAGGCUCAGAAACAUCUGCAGGAGCGUUUGGCCCCCUGAGGGAAGCAAGAAGACCUGGUCUAGAAAAGUCACGCUGACUCAGCAGCCCACUCAUCCUUCCACAUGGGAAGACGAGUGUGAGCAGUCUAAGAAGAUCAUAUCUGAAUCGGAAAGAACCACUUGUCUCACUAGGGGAUGGGGAACAGAGAGGAACAAGGAAAGGAAGCACGCAUUAGACUUGCCUAAAGCAACGACAGACAGCAAAUCUCCCAGUGUGCUCAUCUUCGAUAGUUACAGUCUCUCCUGAGCUACACCUGGUACCAGCAAGUAAUCAGAAAGAUUAUUUCUUGAGGUUAUUUCUAACUGUAAAUGAUUUAUUUAAUGACUCGACUGCAGUUUUUGUGACUUCCAAACCAGGAACUAAACACUCUUUUUAAGGAAAAAAGAAAAUUUAAAAAAAAAAAUUCCUAUACUGGUUUCCCAACAAAAUGUACAUGUUUCGGAGACUUCAAAGGUAUUAUCUGAGUUCACAUUUAGCAACAGAUUAUUAAUAAUCUUCAAGCUGUCGGAAUCUCUAGUUACCAUUUACAAUUUUAUACUGUGAAAAAUAAAAAUUACAGAUCAGUGAAAGCAUAAAGAUAAAUAUACAGAAUUACUGCUAAAGGGGGACUAAGGCCUGGGAGAAGAUUAUCUACUGAAAUAUGAGGCAUGUAUAAAACAGUUGGCUGAAUUUCACUGAUCUUUCAAUGUGAACAAAUAUACUAUGUAUAUUGUGUGUAUUUAUAGAAUCAAUGGCAGCUGGUGGUGGUGUUGUAAUUAGAAAUCUAUAUAGAAUAUAGAUGUUUUAGAGAGAUGGUGCCAAUUCUAAAAUAUUUAUGUGCGCUAAAAUUGCUUGUACUUACUUUUUUCUGCACUUCUCAUUGAUUUGGUUUAACAAUUGUGUGAGUGUAUCUGUUCUUUUUCUGUUGUUGCAGCUUGUACUAUUAAAAUAAUAGAGAAUGUUAAAUUAUUUUGAUGUGAAUUGCAAACUUUUUUUCAUAAAGGUAAACAUUUUUAUCAGCAUUGUUUCGCUUUGUACUGGCAUAAAUGUAUUUCAUUUUAGCACUUUAAAAUACAGUUGCCUGUUUCUCAGUUGUCUAACUCAUGUUACAGUUGGUAUUUGUGAAGUCGGCUACUUUUGAAAAUAUUAAAAAAGAAACUAUGAUAUGA